AUGGCGACUCCUAGUCGCCCUCAGUUUUUCUGUACCCGUCCUGACGGUACUUUGACCCCACUGGUGGCCCUUGAUGAGCUUCCCACCAGCAUUAGCAUCCGCGGUGUCUCCCGCAACCUCAGUGCCGGAGAAACUCAGGGCAUGACCAGCUGCGGCCUGGCUGCCCAACGUUCUGAGCCUUGGUCUGUUGACGGGGUUGCCCACUCCUCUGAGGCUGGAAAAGAGCCUUUUACCGAUGUGCAUGGCUUCUUGUUGCAGGUGAUUACCAAUAGCAACAUCCCUGAGUCCAUGCGUACUUCUGCUCAGGCAAUUCUCUUCCGGGGAAUUGACCAGCAUGGUAUUGCCAGCGAGGGUGCUCCUAGCAGUGCACUGUCCCCGGCUGCCCCCACGUUCUAUGCCAAGAAUCACCAGAUGGGCAACAGAAAUGGCCCUGGCUCCAAGAAGGAGUACUGCUCGUACUGGAUUCGUCACGGGGAAUGUGAUUAUUCCCAGCAGGGCUGCCUGUACAAACAUGAGAUGCCUGUUGACAUGGCCAUGAUCGAGAAGCUUGGUCUCCGCGAUAUCCCUCGCUGGUACCGCGAGAAGUACAAUGUCGCCAGUCUCCUGCAAUCAGACCAAGCCCGCCCACAUCUUGCCAUCACUGAUCAGCAUCCCAUGCGGGCCUUGCCUUCUCCAGAUUCACCUGCUGAUAGCUGUGCCAGCAACACUAUCAAUGCCAAUUCGAAGCCAAAGACUUCCCCGCAGUUUAACAAAUCUCCUCCCCGUGGCCCAGCCAACCGUGCAGGUCAGAACGGCUUUGGUAACUACAACCAUAAUCGAGGUGGAGGCCGCAACGGAGCUUCAAAUGGAUUCCACAGCAGCAAUUGGAAGGGUUCCCACCGCGGUGGACGUAACCGCAACAUGGGCUCUAUUCGCCAGGGAUUUACCGGCGGGCGUGAUGGUAACCGCAGCGCUGAUUGUUCUCCCGUCAUGGGAUCCCCCAGUAUUGCAUGCGAGUAUGGAGGAUUUAGCAACAGUCUAGUUCGCACCCCCACCACCCCGGCUGCUGUUCCAGCCACUGCUUCAAUUACUGCCUCGACCCCUGGUCAUAUCGGCGCUCCCAUGGCUGCCAAUCAAUCUCUCUUGGAUGACGGUAACUCCCACAAUCGGAACUUCUACUGGAGGCUCAGUGAGCUGACAGAGUGUGAUGAAGAUAUGUUCGACGAUGCCUCGAUCAAGGCAACCGACCCCCACCCUCGCGUUCAGCCUCUUCAUAUGUUCCCUCGUGGCUCCAACCCCUCUUCUAAUGGCGGCAUGAUGGCCCACGCGAGCCCUGCCAUAAGCUUCGAUUCGAACUUCAGUGCCUUCGGUCGUUCUGAUAUUACUCGCAAUGUCUCCGCUGGAAGCGGCUCUCAGAGCACUGCCCAAAUGAGCUUUGGACCCUCGACUCCCCAGCUUGGAGAUCUCCACAUUGCUGAAAACGCCCCUCUCACCUCAGCUGAGACUCGCGUCACUUGGGGUCCCAUUGGAGGUCCCAUUCUCAAGCGUACUUCGCCUCCAACUGAGAGCAUUGUGCCAUUCUUUGGGCCUUACUCGAACAAUCCUCACACCGGUUAA